AUGAGCGCUGUAAAAACUGAGCUGAGGAGGCAGGUAAUUGCCAUUUAUAAAGAACUCCUCUACCUGGGCCGCGAGUAUCCUCUGGGGUACGACUACUUCCGUCCCCGUCUUCACAAGGCGUUCAGCGCAAACGCAGGGUUGCGGGAUGAGCAGGCCAUUCGCAAGGGGAUCGAGAGGGCCGAGUAUGUAAAGAAGGGUAUGUUUGAUUUUCUAUUAUCGUUUCAUCACCUUUUUUCUAGCUAUUUGUGA